AUGCCGGAAUCAUCAGAUCCUCCUUCUCGUCCUUCUGGCGCCGGCUUGAACAGACAAGGCGAGUCUCGCUCUGCUUCUGCGCCUGUUCCUGGUCGAAAGCCGCCCAAAGGUCCACGCGCACAAGGCCGCUUCCCAACUGGUACCAAACAUCGCGCUCGCCUCAACUCAUCCACAAAUAUCAAGAGCUCUUCUCACAAGGUAUCAUCGGACCCUCGUAACGUUAAGCACUUGACUUGCUAUUAUUGGAAGACAGGCUCUUGCAGCAAAUCCCCUGAAGAAUGUGCAUAUGCGCACCACGACACUGGAAUGUACACCGACAAACCUCUCACACUAUUCCCAGGCGGGCCUGCAAUGGCGGGUAGAAACCUCAUUCGGGCCCAGCAGACAUUGCGUCUUCAGUCCAGCGAUAGUACCUCCACCACAACAGUUACGCCUCGCUCCCAGUCCCAGCCAGAAGCUCCAGUCACCACUAUAUCCAACGACGACCUCCAUUUUGCCAAAGUGCAGACACGUCUUGCUGAGAAGCAAGCUUUGGAAAAAGCUCUCGCCGCUAGUCUCGAUCAACACGCUGCCUUACAGAAGCGCAGUCAGCAACUGGAAUUGGAACGGGACCAAUACCAUGAAGAAGUUUACUCCCUUCGCACCGUUCGACAACAGAAUACCUUUCUUCAAAAUCAAAUCAAUCUCUUCCUGACCAAACAAGAUAUCAACGACAACUGGUUGAACCCGCGUCCCUUCGGUCUCUCAAGUCCAUGGGGAGCAAUUGGAAGUGAGAGAAACAGUCGAGCCAGCACUGGUGUUAGUAAUAGCCCCAGCACGGGUCUUAGAACCAUUCCCACCGUCACCACACAAUCUUCUCCAGAACCGCAACCUUCUGAUGGGAAGCCAUGCUUUUACCCUGAACCAACUGGAGCAGAGACGGGAGCAGCAUGGACGACUCGGAGGGAGGAAGCAGGAAGGAAGUAUCUCACUAAAAGCUGCAAAAUGCUCGCCAUGGCCGAUGAGGAUGAGUUCCUUCCAAAUUACCUUCGGGAUAGGAGAGAUAGCUAG